AUGCGCCACACAGCCAUUACGCUAUUGAUAGCCCUGUUCAUCAGCCAAGCGUUAGCAGAGCUGAAGGUUAAAUUUGUGGCCCGCGUGGCCAACGUCAAUGAGGCUCACAUCUUGAAUGCGAGAAAUGAUAAUGAAGCAGAGGAUAUAAGUCAUAUCACUGAUGCAAAGGACAUUGGGGAUGUUGAUAAAGAUCCGACAUUGCAAUCGAGCAUUGACGAACGGAGCUGUGAAAAAAUUUGCCCACGUUACUACCGCCCGCUCUGUGUAAGCCGUGAUGGUGAACUAAUUACAUAUGCGACGCCCUGCGAGUUUAAGAAUGAGCUCCAGUGUGCGCGUGUAGCACAUAAAAGGGACGUGCCGCUGCCGAAAUAUAAGGUGCUCUUUGAUGGUGCCUGUGAGUGAAUAUA